UCGUCUAGGUUUCAUCAUUGUCGUGAUUACGGUUCAAGGGAGGCUGCCAGCAACCCGGUCGUAGCUGAGAGAGGUAGAAAGGUAGUGGAAGGCGAAAGUCGAACACCAGGCCCAUAUACCAGAUGAACUGCCAGCAGCCGUACGAUCACCAUGCGGAGAACAUGCGUCGGAUAAGUAGGUACGUCGCACCGCGCAGUAUCAGAGAACUCGGUAAAGCAAACCCUUUUUGCUGCUGAAAUGACUGUAAACCGCAGGCCGAGUACAGGGCUCGCAUGAAACCGCGUAUUGGAGCAUGAAACGGAACUAAGCAAAUGUCUCGAAGAGUUGUCACAUAGUAUUGUUACUGUACAUUGACUGCUUCACGUCCAAUGGACACCAUAAUAGGACAUUCCAGUGCCAAGAAACAGAGAUCGAGACCUCGGCAAGCUCUUUGGAGAGAUGAAGUUUCGGGUGAACGCUAGAACGAGAUACUAGGAAGGAGGGCAACUCUUGUGCCUCGCGGUGACGUCUGCAACUGACACCGUUUCUUCUUACGGGGGCAUUUAACCAUGACAGUAUUAAGAAAGGAAGAAGUACGAGAUGAAGAGAUUUGCGCUGGCGCGGUGUGGCGCAAGCAACCACUGGCAGAGAGCGAGAUAACUGGCAGCGAUUCAAGACAGCAUGACAUAGAGGACAUCAGAAAGAAAGAGCACAGGGCUGGGGAUUGCAGAGAACGUUGAGGAGGGGUUGUUGUUGUCGGGAGAGAUGAGGGCGGAGAGGGAAGCGACAGGAAGCGACCAAUUCCCGCUGGUGCCAUCUGGAGCAUGUCCGCGGCCGCCGCUUCCCGACCUUCAUCCACCGUUUGUUUCCCUUGCUCUGGCACACUGGCCGUAACCAUAACACCUCUCCCUGGCUUCUGCCUCCCAAAGGUCUCUAGUCGUGCUCGUCGUCGACGAGAGCAGUUUCUCCUAUGACGGCCCCCAAUGUCCAGCCAGAUCUCCCUCAAAUUCCCUCACUGCCUCCACUCGAGAUGCCCACCCAUUCUUUCCUCUCAUCCGACGCCGAAACAUCUCAGGACCCUGAGUCUAUGCUCGUUAACACUGUUCCACCCUCUGACAGCAGCACCCUGGAUCGCGGCUCUCCUACGCCAUCUUUGUUGGCACCGCCUACCAGUCUGAGAAAAUCCAUUUCGGUGGACUCUUUUAUCAAGCAGAAACACAUCCCCACCAGGCCUGCCCGCUCUAUACGAGUAAAUGCACCCGGUCCAUAUCUUCUUCCUACCUCUGAGGGCGCUGCCAGGGACGCCUCACCCUCUGGCCAAGAUUAUUACGCUUCAGGACCGUCUGUGAGCCAUCGACAGGAGCACGAACAUCAACCAUCUCGUCGUACUGUCUCUACACACAACAGGGGGACAGUCAUCAGCACUAGCCUAAACGAACCUUAUACUCCUUCCUACGAAAACUCAGACGGGGAGCGUUCGGAGGAGCUGAGAAGGCACGCCGGCAAGGGCAAGUCCGUCUCAAGACAAGCUGUACCUGAAGGGGAGCUCACUCUGCCUUCUCGACUUCCGAGCUCUUCCCCCAUCUCAACCAAAGCACCAGACCCUAUAGUGCCUGAGCGGAGCAGUAGCUUGCUUAACAAGCUAUCUAAGCCACGCUCUCUCAUGUCCGUGAACACACAUCUCCUUCCACCGAAGUACUCGCAUCAUCGUCCCGAGGUGGCAAUUGCUGUCAUAGGCACCCGUGGUUGCGGCAAAUCAACCGUGAUACGCAAGGGUCUGAAAGCGUACGGCUUGUCAGAUCCUAGUGUUCUAACGAUUCAGCAAGAGUCUGCAGGUUUGAUUGAUGAUCUUCAAUACACCCUUCGUGUCGGAAGAAUCCCCCAUGGUGGGAACUCGCCUGACUCUGUCCUGAGGGUCAUGGAGAUAGACAUUGCACCAUCGGACGACGUGGAAAACAAGCUGGCAAGGUUAUGUUCGGCCGCAUUGUCCGUGAAUGGGACUGUUUUCUGUUUUGAUUCGAGCGACCUGGGGUCGUUCUCUCGUGUUGAACCAGUUAUCCGUUCGCUUGACUAUCUCAAACUCCCGUCUAUAGUCCUAGCGUGCAAGUCCGACAUGGAUCGUCGGGUUGACCUCAAUGAAGCCACUUCGGUUCUACAUCAGCUGGAUGUUGGACUGGUUGAAGCAACAACUACUCACGAUGCGGGCAAAAUGAGGAUUCGCGAUACGUUUGAACUCAUCCUCAAACUUGCAUCGAAAGCAACUGAACGUAGCACUCCCCGAAACCCUGCAUCUCCAGCAAUCGUCUCCGCCGCAGGAACCGCACCCUGGGAUAUCUCGAGAGCUGAUUCAGCUACCCCUACCGCUGCAACCUCCCAUAGUGCGAUGCAAUCAGCUCAAGCGGCGUCUCCAUCAUAUACCCAAGCCCAACCAAGAGGCUCGUCGCCACGGAUACCUCAAACUCACGAUACCUUACCACAUUCCCCACCGGCACGUGCCCGAUCAAUGGGCGACCUUUUGACGGAACAGGACUUGAUACGGAAAGAUAGCCGCGAACAAAGGGAAACCGAUUGGGAGCGGAAUCCUUCGCCCGGAAACGGUGAGAAUUCAUUUAAUGGUGGUAAAGAAGAACCACCGCAGCCUUCUGCUGCUGUACGAGCGCCACCGUGGGUAACGUUGGAUGACCUUCUGGACAAAUUACUUUUCGUGGCUGUUAGCGACGAUGACCCUGUGUUCGUCAACCAUUUCUUCCUCACGUAUCGGCGAUUCGCAACACCAAGGAGUAUUCUUCUGGCCAUGCAAAAGCGCAUGAGAACAUUGGACCAGCCAACUGGUGACCCAAUGUUUGCCUGCUUUGCGCAGAUGAAAAUAUGUUGCUUGCUUGACUGUUGGAUGCGAACAUAUGCGACCGAUUUCGCAGUUCCGGGAACGGCUGGAGCGUUCUCCGCUCUGAUUAAAUCUAUCCUCGGCAAAACAUAUCUUCUCCAUUAUGGAUCGGAAUUCAUUCCUUUCAUGGAGAUUUUGCCUACCUUGAAGGACAAGGAUGCAUUUUGGGCUGUCAAGGUGGAAGCGCCUGCGGAGGAUAGCGAUGAGGAAUCCAUCAUUGCCGAGCCAGCCCUGCGAAGUCCGGAGGAAUCAUCACUUUCCAGCGUCUCGUCGCAUUCUUUUCAACAUCCUGAGCCAGAUCGUGUCGUCUCCCAGCCAUUACUUACCCGUGAACGCAAAUCAAGUCUACCCCUUGCGCGCUUUACCACCAGGGACAAGAGCCACGGACACUCUAAUGGAGGGCCCAAGUCUCGCCCUUCUCCUAAGGCGAUACUCAACAAAUUGUCCGACAUUGCUUCGAGGAUAGACCGCAUUGAUCCCAGCGAGAUCGCACAAGAAAUCUCACGGGUCGAGUGCGAAUAUUUCUUGCAGAUCGAGCCUCGACAUUGGUUACAACAUGUAUUCUCACAUGGGAAGGAAAAGAACGAAAUACGAUCGGACAGCAUCACGCGAUUCAACGUAUUGUCGAAUCACAUCGGAUCUUGGGUACAGUCGAUGAUUCUUAGUCACGACAAACCCAAGGCUAGAGCACGUCAAAUUGAGAAAUUCGCUGACGUCGCCAAUCGCUUGCGUAUCGAAAACAAUUAUUCAGGACUUCGCGCCGUCGUUGCUGGUGUCAAUGGAGCUACAUUCGAUGGCGACAUGUCUGUAGACAUUUAUCGCGCGAAGAAUCCCAGCUCGUGGAAGACCUUCCAAUCGUUUGACCAACUCUUACAAUCCGUACGUUCGCAUCAGAAGUAUCGAAUGGCUUUGCGAAAUACGAAGGGGGCCUGUAUUCCAGCACUGGAAAUUCAUCUGUCAGACCUCAUCCGUGCACACGAAGGCAAUUGCGACUUCCACGAUGAUGAUCCGGCUAAGAUCCAUUGGGCGAAGUUCAACAUGAUGGGCCGCUUCAUCGAUACAAUUGCUCAGUGCCAGAGGGCAUGUCGUGAGUCUGGUGCAUACCAGUAUGCGAAGCGACAUGACCUAUACGAUGCAAUGCUCAUCGACAAUCCCGAGCUCUUGAUGACCGAUGAAGUUCGUCCUUCCAUAAUGCUUUGUUCUGGAAAUUCGCUGACAAUCCUAUUGAAUAGAUGCAGUCUCAACGGCAUCCUUUGUCGGAUCCAGAGGCUAAUAACUACGAGCCUCGAGGAGUGGAGUUGCCUCGAACAAUGACAAGAGAAGAUACCCCUCAUCCAGCUGCCAAGGAUGGAGCUCCGAUCUUGAAAAAGAUUUUCUUCUGGUGACCUGCAUACCUCUCUACCUGAAAAUUUUUUUUUUUUGCUUUGCUGGCACGUUAUCUAUCAUAUUUACCCUGGUUGUACUCAUGUCUAUCCCGCACGUCCUAGUUAUACCGAUGCUCUCUGUUGGAUGAAAUUGAUACCAAGUUCUUGAUAACUGCUUUCUCUGUUCGUGUCGUCUUGCUUUCCCACUAUACAAAAAUCCCGUAGACUCGAGAAAGAUUUUAAACCUUUCACAUUAUGCUACUGUUUUAUGAUACUUUUCAAUCCAUGUCUAUACGUUACGCGUUGCGAUUGAGUUGGACUCCAAUCUGUACAACCGUGUGAGCUGAUCCUCACACUGCGUACGGCUGUAUUUGUUGCUUCACCACGAACUGACUGCAAUUGAUCUUACAUGCCUCCCAAAUUGGGUGUUGC